AUGGCUACUCAUAUUGCCCAACACCCUCCUGCGAUGAGAGUUGGCGGGCGCCGACUCUCUCUUCCAUCGAGGCCCAGGCCCGUAGUCACCUCAGUCAUUCUUGCUCCCAGGGAUGGAGGCCACUCUGCCCCUGGCACACCGGGCGAACCUCCCGACUACCCACGUCCCGCCCCGCCCGGUGCUGAACACGAGCUCGACCAUGAGCAUACACACACCGAAGAAGAGAUCCCAAAGAAAGAGAAGAAACAGGGCAAUGGGUCCCACGAGAACGAGCGGCGGAUGCGCGAGAGCGCGCAUCGCAAGGCGGAAGAAAACAGGCCGAGGAAAGAGGGCUGGGCACCCGGUGGAAAGACGAUCGGUGGAGGUGGGCGGAUCGCACAACCUGCAGGGAAGGGUUUCGGUGCUUGA